AUGUAUCCCACCUGCUACUGUGCCGGCAGAGCGAAGCAGCGGGCCGUGCUGCUCCCCUUGGACCCCUACAGCCAUGGGCUGCUGCACACCUUCCCCCCAGACACCUACAGGACUCGAGGCCAUGGCAAGAGGAAGAGCUGGAACUUCAUCCACGAGAAGAUGAGUUAUGACACCUUCUUCACAAUGAAACGUCUGAUCGAGCGCUCCCGCAGUGUGGGGGAAGUGCUGCGGUGGGUCACGCAGAACCCCAGCAAGGUGUCUGCCAGCCACUACCCCAUUGCCCUGCACAAGCUGGGUCAGCUCUUGCAGCAGCAGCAGGGCCAGGCUGCAGUGAAUGGGGGGAGCCGUGGGCCUGGCCAGGUGCUGGAGCAGCCGGAGUUCCAGACUCUCUGUCAGGCCAUCAUCAGCGGCUGCUCCAAGUUCGACAACUUCAGCAUUGUCAACUGCCUGUAUGCUGCUGCUGCACUGGGCCUGCCUGGGGAAUCACCGCUGGUGAGAGUGCUGGAGGAUGAAUCCCGGAGCCGCCUGGGCCGCUUCAACCAGAAGGAUGUCUCCAUGGUGUUCAGCAGUGUGAUGAGGCUGCACCCGUCCAGCCCCCACCCCCUGGUCGAGUCUUGCCUCAGCAGCUUGGAGAGGCACCUGGAGAAGGAGCGGCACCCCCAGACUCUCUUCCUGCUCCUUUCCUACUACCGGCUACGGGCGCAGGCGCUGCAGGGACACCCGGCCUCCGACCAGCAGCUGAUCAACAACCGCAAGAUCCUGCGCCUUGUCAGGCACACGCUGGGGCAAGUGAGUGCCAUGCGGGAGCACGAGCUGGCCCUCUUGGAUGAGAUGCUGGCCCUGUGCGCCCAGGAGGCGAACAACAAGGCCCUGGAGGCCAUCUUCAGCUCUCAGCUCUUCUACGAGAACCGCCAAGAGCGUUUCAUCCGCAGCAUGGCAGAGUGGCUCCCCAGGAAGGCAGAGAACCUCACCCCCUACACCAUGGCCCUCAUCGCCAAGUACGUGGCCCGGCACCGGCUGCGUGAGCCACGGCUGCUUGAUACCAUUGCAAACUUCCUCCUGAAGCGUGGGGAGCAGCUCGACAGCAAGGUGAUCCAGAAGCUGGUGUUUCCCUUCAGCCGCAUGAAUUACCGCCCAUCCAACCACAGGGAGCUCUUCCCCAAGCUGGAGGCCAUCCUGGAGCAGAAGGCCGGCAGCUCACCCCUGGCGACCGUCAACAUCCUUAUGUCCAUGUUUCAGCUCAGCCAUUUCCCACAGACCGUCCUGCACCAAGUCUUCUCCCCAGCCUUCAUCACCAACGUUAUGAGCAGCCCCUACGCACUGAUCGUGCGCCGCUACCUCUCACUGCUGGACGCAGCGGUGGAGCUGGAGUUCCGCGACUACAGCGGCCCGCGCCUCGACCCGCGCUACCGCGUCCUCAUGUUCGAGCACGCCCUCACAGCCGAUGAGGCCAACAGAAAGUACAGUUACAAGGGGCUGGUGGCCGAGGCGUUGCGGCAGCUGGUGGGAGAAGAGUGCUAUCGGCAGGAUGAGGUGCUGCCCCCAGGAUACUGCACAGACUUCCUGCUGUGGAUCAACCGCUCGGGCACUGUGCUGCCUCUUUCCCGUGUUCCUGCAGCUUCCAAGGCUCCCUCUGUCCACACUACAACGUCCCCUGCUGCCAUUUCCUUGCGCUCGAGCGUCCUGGCCCUCACCUCGGACUUGCAGGACUUUGCCCCAUUUGCUCCAGAGACGCCAAGCAGCCCCCCGGGCUCCCGGGAGAACAACCUUGCUGGGAGGUUCCUCCCCACACUUUGCCCUGCCCCGGGGGGGCCCUGCUACCAGCCCCCCUCGGACUAUUACUGCAGCCUGAGCAAAGAGUCUUCCCUGGAGAGCCAGGGCAGCUCCACGUUAAGCAGCCCUUCCGAGUGCCUCUCCGCACAGCCAGCUGGCACCCCUGACUGCUCCCCCAGGUGUUUUUUCCAGUUCCCUAUCAGCAAGAUCCUGGAGGAGGAGGAGGAGGCUACUGCCAGCUGCACUGGCCAUGAUCACAACUGCUUCCAGGGGGAGCAAGCGCAAGAUGAGACGGAGGAAAGGAGUCCCCCCUCAAGGUCUGUGGCAUGGGUAACACUCUCCUCCUCCCGCUCUGUCCUCCGCAGGGUGGUGCUGUCGGUCAAUGACAAGUGGCAUUACUGCCAGAACUCUGACAUCCUGGUGGGCUCACGAGCCAUGAGGGACAGGCACUUGCGAUUGCUGGGCUACUGUCUGGUUCAG